CAGGGCAGCUGCCCCCCCAUGGGUGCCUGAACGAGGGGUACGGGGGGCUGCCGCCCCCCCGGCUUGAAGUGGUUUCCAUGCGAUACAGGCUCCCUCCUGACUGGAGCCGCUCCCACUGGGUCUGCAGCUUCCCCCCGCCCCCCAUACGGCCGGCAGGGAGGGGCUGAGUGAGUGGGAGCCUGCCCAGCCAGCCCCAGGGGAGCUGCUUGGCUCAGCCACUCAGACUUGUGUAAGGGCUUUUUCUGAGCCCCGUCCUCAUCCUUCCUGGUGCCAGGGCAUUUGUGUGGUUGCCGACUGCCUGUUGCCUGAACUAGGGGGUAGGGCCAGCCAUGUUCUGUUUUUUUUAGCCCAAUCUCUGUUUCGCACCCUGGACCCUUUAUGGCAUUAGAAGGGCAUAUGGGGCACCGUCCCUGCCCCAAGGACCUGUGGAGACAAGAGUAGGGGUCAUGCAGUCAGUCAAUCAGGGCUAAGGCCGGAGCUUUGAUCUGGGCUCUUUCAAAUUCAUAGUUUUAAUCCUAACAUGGCAUCCACAGGAAAGAUAAUCACAGUAAAGGUGAGUUAAUUACAUGGCCUUAUCCUCUCAAAAUCCAUCUCCUGGGGAAAAGGGAAUUCUCAGCGGCCUAAACCAGAGUGAGUCUUGGGCCGUAAUAAAUGACCAUGCAUGUUCUCAGGGAGGAGGGUGGGGGUGGGUGUCAUUUCCAGGCAAGAGGUGAAUGUGACAUUCCCAGUUGCCCAGAGUUUAAGUAACUUUCUUCUCCAUGUGGCCUGAACUAACCUACAGCCGGCAGGGUCAAAAAGUUCUUCGUUGGCUUUAUUUUCAGUAUGUUGUCCCACAGUGCUUUUCAGCUGGAGGCAUCACCAAGCACUUGGCAUAUUCUCAACACAGUGAGUACUCGCUACUGAAAUGCACCCAGCUCCAGGGUGGAACACAGCAGUCGUUGUGUACCAGGAGAAACUGUGCGACAAGUGUCACAGGAAGUGACUAAUAAUUUCGUCUCCUGAAAUUGCAGGGGAAUUCUAGUUUGGCAAAGUAUUGCCCAAGUGGGAAUUUGGCCAGUAUACCAGAGUUAAUACUGGCCUCUGUAAGAAGUCAUGUGGCAGUAGAUGUAGUUUGGCAUGACUGGGCAUUUGCUAAUCCCUCAUUAAGACUGCCAUCGUAACUGAGGUCAGGUGGAACUGAGCCAUUGCAAAAUAUGCCUGUGUUACUGGCUAGGCAAGAUGGAUGGGGUCCUUAUGCCAGCACUCAGCUCCUCUCUCGCCUUCCUCUCCCUGUCUCUCCCACCCAUUGCUGUUCGCUGUGUGUCUUCACAGGGUGAGUCCCAUGUUGUCGUAGUCUCCUGCCCAGGUGUCUGAUGGCCCCAGGGCCUCCUGAUUCUCUCUGGCUGGGGCUGGCACCAAAGCACAGGCCCAGGUGCCCAGUGCUGCGCUCGUUGGGACUGACGGUGGGGGUGGCGCUGGGCAGGAAAGGCGCCAUGUGGGAUGUGUGCACCAGCGUCAUGGGCUGGUUCCUUUUCAUCCAGACAGCGCCAGGGGUGGCAGGCAGCCGUCCCUGCAGCCCCCAGUAUUUUGGCCAUGACUUGAUGGUGUGUGAAUGCAACGCUACCUAUUGUGACACGCUGGACGCCGUUGUCAUCCCGGCUGUGGGCACGUACACUAAGUAUGAGAGCAGCAAGGCGGGCAAGCGGCUGGAGCGCAGCGAGGGGAGGUUCCAGAGCCACUCCACGGCCCCAGAUCUUGUGCUGAAGCUGGACACGGCGCAGCAAUACCAGAAAGUGAAGGGCUUUGGCGGCUCCGUCACAGAUUCGGCUGCGAUGAACAUCCUGUCCCUGUCCAAGGAGACCCAAAGCCACCUGCUCGCGUCCUACUUCACGGAGGAAGGAAUCGAGUACAACCUUCUCCGCAUUCCCAUGGCCAGCUGUGACUUCUCCACCCACCCCUACAGCUACGACGACACCCCCUACGACUACCAGCUCCUCAACUUUGGCCUGAAGGAUGAGGAUACAAAGCUGAAAAUCCCCAUUCUCCACCGAGCCACGGCCUUGUCCAAGAAGCCACUGUCCCUAGUCGCCAGUCCCUGGUCAUCCCCGGUCUGGAUGAAAACUAGCGGGGAGAUGAAAGGGAAGGGAAGCAUGAAGGGGAAGCCGGGGGACAAAUAUCACAAGACCUGGGCCAACUACUUCAUCAGGUUCCUGGACGAAUACACCAAGCACAACCUGACGUUCUGGGCGGUGACGGCACAGAAUGAGCCCACAGCUGGGCUGAUAAACAACUAUCCCUUCCAGUGCCUGGGCUUCACUGCCGAGCACCAGCGGGACUUCAUCGCCCAGGACCUGGGCCCGGCACUGGCCAACAGCUCGCACAAGGGCAUCCAGCUCAUCAUGCUGGAUGACAACAGGGUGCUGCUCCCCCACUGGGCCAAAGUGGUACUGGGUGACCCAAACACUGCUCGCUAUGUCCAUGGCAUUGGCGUCCACUGGUACCUGGAUUUCAUUGCUCCCAUAGAGGACACUGUGUUACCGACCCAUGACCUCUUCCCUGAUUACUUCAUCUUGGCCACAGAGGCUUGCACUGGGUCCCACUUCUGGGAGAGGGAUGUUAUCCUGGGCUGCUGGGAUCGGGGGAACCAGUACAGCCACAGCAUCCUGACGAACCUGAACAGCUUCGUCACCGGCUGGAUCGACUGGAACCUGGCCCUGGACCUGGAGGGGGGGCCCAACUGGGUCCAGAACUUGGUGGACAGCCCGGUCAUUGUGGACAGGAAAAAGGAUCUCUUCUACAAGCAGCCCAUGUUCUACCACAUGGGGCAUUUCAGCAAGUUCAUCCCCGAGGGCUCCCAGCGUGUCGGGCUGGUUGUCUCCAAGAAGAGCUGCAGGUGCAACCUGGAGUACAUAGCCUUCCUGCGCCCGGAUGGCGCCGCCGCGCUCGUGGUCCUGAACAGGUACUCCGUGGACAUGUCGUUCGGGAUCUCGGACCCAAGGGUUGGUUUCAUUGAGGCUCUGGCUCCAGCUGACUCCAUCCAGACCUACCUGUGGAGACGGCAGUGAGAAGGCUCGGGGGACCUGGGGCGGGGAGAGGAUUCAGCGUGCUGCUCUGAAGAAUCACUUUGUGGGGACGUUCUAGGCAGCACAGACAGGGCUGGGUGGGGCCCUCAGGAAGGCCAGCACCCACCUAGAUCUGCCCCUUGCAAAGCACAGCACCUGGGCAGGGGCAAAGCUGAGCAGCUGAGCCCCAAGCCUGCAGCAUGUCUAGAGCCAGCUGGGCCCUACUGGACCCGGGCACGGAAGGAGCAGGGCUUCCUUUGCCCCACAGGAGUGGAGAUCCAUGUGCUGUAAACACAAUUGCUGCUGCUCUGCUAAACAGCAGCCGUCUCUGGCUCUCUUUGGGGACCCCCCCAGCCUGGUCUCCAGCAGAGCCUAGCACAUGGGCAUGCCUGUCUGGAGCUUUAUAUCAACUGGGGGUUAAAACCCCGCCGCCUCUCCCCUCCCAUGCACUGCACCCCAGGCUGCUCCCACCCCAGUGAUGCUUCCUUGGAUGCUUUGAACAAAGGAGACCGGAACAGCUGGGUCCAGAGGGGAAAGCCCCCUGAGCAUGCUGGGAAAUAAUCUCCUUUAUAAACCCCCUGCUGGAGGCUCAGUCUGCAGGGCGGUAAGCGAGGCACCUGGGCGAGGACGGUAACUUCAUGCUGAGAUCCAAUGGGCAGGCUUUGCAGUGGCGCCAGGAGCCAUUACCCCUGGGCUGAGCGCUGCUCACCUUAAUCUGCCCCAGGGAGGUCCGUGUUUGGGGCGGGUGCCCCGGCUGGCUCCCAACCUCCCACUGUCUUGCGGGGCUGCCUGUCAUGCUGCUGUCUGUCGGCAUCUCUGGCCUUCCCCUGUCGGGCUGCAAGAGAUGGAAUCACUGGGAGCUCCUUGAGAUUGGACCCCCCACCUCAGACAGUGGCUGAUAACUGGAGCAGGGGGUCACAGAUGAGGGCCCAGGCUUGUUCAGCCUCUGGGCUCUGUGUUCCUUGUCGCUCUGUGACAGAAUCAGGCUCCAGUGGGGCAUGCUGGAUGGUGUUCCACCCACUACAGGCUCUCCCCGCCUGGGAGCCCUUGGGCCAGGGACUUUGCCUGGCAGAGUUCAUGCUGGGGAUGGUGCUGUAUACAUUGAAUAAUUGUUGACUAGCAAGGGGUGCAGCGGCCUAGGGAACAUGCUGCUCUGACAGCGUCUUUGGGCAGGCCUGAGGGAGAGGAAAUAGGGAAUGGGUGAGAGAGCUUCUUUACCUUUUCUGUGAAUAGCAGAGCAAGGGCCCAGCAGAUGAAAUUGUAAGGAAAUAAAUGUUUAAAGUACAUAAAAAGAAAUAAUAUUUUAACAAGGUGCAUAAUUUACCUGUGGAACUCACUGCCACAAGAUUUCACUGAGGCAAAGAGCUGAUAGGAUUCCAAAAAAACAUUAGCCAUUUAUAUGGAUACUCAUUAACACCCUAGUUACAUUUUGAAAGGAUAAAACCAAAGCUUGGACAAAAUCUAAACCCUCCUGCUUCGGAGCGUGACCCAGUGACUCACUGCUCUAGGAGGGACGAGCAGACCAGUGGCCCCGUUACUGAAGUGGAGUUGUUUUGCACGUAAAGCAGGUAUUCCACCACUGGUUUAUGUAUGAGGAACACAGCAUGCUUUCCUCCAUGUUCCAGUUCUUACUUUUUAAGCAUAGAAUGAAAUUUCGGAACAUUUCCAAGUAAUUUGUUACUUAUUUUGAAUACAAAUGAAUUUAAAAUGGUUCCUUUAAGAAGUUUA